CAGUCAGUUUCUUCAUGCAGGAGGAGCGGACUUCAGCCUCAGCAACACACAGAUGCCACAAACCUCUGGAACAACUAUGUGACCGAGACACUAAAUCAAAGAGAACUAAGCUCACAGGUCCCAGCUGAAUCCUGCUUCUUCAGAGUGAAUGAGGAGGUCAGUGUGAUGAACAGCAUGCUCCCUCAGAGGAGCGCCGUCGCCACGCUGGGCUACAGCUCGGACUGUGUGAAGAUUGAACACAGCAGUAAUGGCUCUGUGGGUGGGACGUUGCUGAGGGGCUCUCGUUCUAAGGCAGAGCUACAGGAACUGAUGGAGACCCUGCAGCGCAGGAAAAGUGCUCUGGAGGCCAGUCUGAGAGCAGCAGAGUGCAGCCGCAAGUACCUUAGUGUACCCUCACCUGUUGGACCCCAAUCCACAAGGACACUUUCCAUCCUCAGUAAUACCGAUCGCCCUCCGUCUGCCUCUAGAAACUUCUCCUACAUGACCAGCAGCAGUGUGCCUCCAUCACCUCGUCAGGGCGAUCGCCAGCUUAGCUCUAACGGCUUCAUCCGUCAUUCCCACCCUCGCCACCAGUCUCAAGACAGCCUGCUCCUCUCUAAUGCAACAGAAGGAAGCUCUCUUCUCUCCUCUUAUGGGGAGCCCCUUCUUCGUUCUCCCAGGGUCAAAAGUGGAGCAGCCAGUAUGCCGUCCAGCCCUCGCAUGGGCCGCAGGCCCUAUUCUCAGGGCAAGGCUGGAGGAGACUCCCGGCAGAGAAAAUACUCCACUGGCUCCCUCAACAGCCUGGGGAUGCACAGUCGUUCUCUGCCACGGCUUCACAGUGCGGAGCCCCCAGCUCUGUCACUUCCAUCACGUCACUCAGUGGGUUCCCACAGAGGAGUGGGCUCAGCUGGGGCUCGACGCAGUCUCUCCUCCCUGGAGCAGCCACCAGAUGUGACUGUCCCAGCCAGCAUGCCCAGCACUCCCAGGAGGGCCAGUCUAGCCUCUCUGAGCUCUCUGGGUGUAGAGAUCGAUGGCACAGGUUUAGAUCUAAGCUUUGGAGAGAGGAGGUUGUCCUUUGGGAAGGGCGGGCUGGGUCCAGGACAGAGGGUGGGCAGCAUCAGCUCUUUGAAUGGCAAAGAGGAGCUGAGAGAUUAUCACCAGCACCAGAGAGAUGAGCGCCUCAGGGAGCAGAAAGUGCAGAGAUUGGAAUGCCAGCGUCUAGAGACCAUUUUGAACCUGUGCACUGAUAUGGGUCAGGUGGAGAGGGAGCCAGCAGGUUCAGCUGUGUCUGACCUGCAGAAGAUCAACAAGGAGUUGGAGAAGCUGCAGGUGUCGGAUGAGGAGUCGGUGUUCUCGGACUCUCCCGGCAGCACGGCUCCCGACAGCUGCUUUGGGGCCAAAACCAGAGAUUUCCAGUUCUCUGAUGAGCAGCAGGUUACCCAGCGUCAGCAGAGCGGCUACAAAGAGGCCAGAUCCCACUCACCGGCCGUCAGUCUGAACAGCAGUGCCCCUUCACCCUCCACCAACCAUAGAGUCAAAGCCUUGGAGAGUGUGCAACUGAAACAGGAAGUGACGCAAAUAGAGGAAGAGAGGAUUCAGGUUCUGAACAACAUUGAGGAGCUGGAGCAGAAGAUCAAGGACCUGGACAACCAGAUGGAGGAGUCUGUCCGAGAGAUGGAGGUGGAGUGCGCUCUGCUGGAAGGGGAGCAGGAGUCGGAGAUGUGUCAGCUUCAGAGGGAAAAAGAGCUUCUGGACCAGCUGAAGGAAAAGAUCCAUAGUGUUGAGAAGACGAGCCACACUCAGAAGUCACAGGAAGCUAAGGAGCAGAUAAAAAGUUUGGAGGAUCUGGAGUUUCAGAAGUUGGAGAGUGAAAUCAAUCAAGACGAGGAAAAAGAGAAUCGGAGCCAAGAGCUGCUGCGAGAGAUUGCUGAGUGUCAGCGUCUUACUGUCACACGCAAGGAGCGGCUCAUGACCCUGAAGAAACAGUCGUCACAGAUCACCUUACAGGCUCAGCAAGAAAGAGAGAACUUCCAGAGAGAGAAAAACAAUUUGCUCAUCAUGCUGCAGAAGGAGAGAGACAAACUGGUGUCUUUGGAAGGAAAGUAUGCAGAGUUGUCUGAGGGGCAGAGCUUCACUAACGUCCCGGUAGCCAUCAAAGAGCACUUGCAGUCUCUGAAGGAAAGGAGGAGAAGCAGCAAUGGAAACUCUUCCCACCCGAGUGACAGCCUACCUCACAAGAGGAGCCAGCAGCUCCCCACGCCUUAUGGCCGAUCACUGGGACGCACACUUCCUCCCAAGGUUCACCUGCCCCUGGCCCAGAGCUCCAGCUGCGGCAGUGUGAUCGCUCCAGGCUUCACUUUCUCCACCCGCGACCUGAUUACCCGCCGCCUUCCCAAGACAGGCAACAGCCAUGCACACAUGAAUGAAGACAGACAGAAGAGAAGUGAUUUUUGCAGCAGGAUGAUGUGUGAGCCCAACGUGUUCCUGGACUCCUUCUCUUACCCUGACCACAGCCAGGCCUCAGAUACGGUCAGUGUGGACAGCUCCGACAGCCUAGAGACCAGCUUCUCUGCCUGCUCCCCGGACAACAUCUCCAGUGCGAGUACCAACAACAUGGCCAAGAUUGAGGAGAUGGAGCGUUUACUGCGAGAGGCCCAGUCUGAGAAGCUGAGACUCCUCGAGCAUCGGGAGCGUGAGAUGGAGAUGCGCAGGCAGGCUCUGGAUGAGGAGCGACGAAGGAGGGAGGAACUGGAGAAGCGACUGCAGGAGGAGACGAGCAGGAGACAGAAACUUGUGGAGAGAGAAGUGAAGUACAGAGAGAAACAACGAUCACAGUCCCGGCUGUUGACGCGCUACCUCCCUGUGCGGAAAGACGACUUUGAUCUUCACGGCCACAUCGAGGCAGCUGGACAUAACCCAGACGCCUGCUUCCAUCUGGCCAUCACUGAUAAAACCUGUCGAGGCUUCUUGGUCAAAAUGGGCGGCAAGAUAAAGACCUGGAAGAAACGCUGGUUUGUCUUCGACCAGAAUCGCAGGACACUCACCUACUAUGCAGACAAACAUGAGACCAAGAUGAAAGGUGUCAUUUACUUCCAAGCCAUAGAAGAGGUGUACUACGACCAUUUAAAGAAUGCACACAAGAGCCCCAACCCCUCGCUGACGUUCAGUGUGAAGACCCACGAUCGGGUGUACUACAUGGUGGCUCCGUCCCCCGAGGCCAUGCGUAUCUGGAUGGAUGUUAUUGUUACAGGUGCUGAAGGACACAUGCAUUUCAUGGUGUAACCGAUAUCAACAGAUCAGGGUCUGCGGCCUCUAAAUUUCUUUGGCAAACAUUGUGUCACAUGAGAAGAUGCCCAGGUCUCUGCUCACAUCAACGUAUCAGCAAACACGGACCAAAGACAAACCUCUGUUUACGACUCAUGCUCAGAUGCACACUUUAUAAUGUAAUCAUAUGUAACAAAUGAAAGCAAUUGUUAACCAGGUUUCGUAAUUAAGCUACGCAGUAAUUUUUUUAUUUGUUUAUGUUCCAUGAGUGGCUGAGGCAGCACUAAAUCUUUUUCUAGCUUUCUCCGUCUGUUCACAAAGUCUCUGCAUGUCUCUUUAGCGUUUUCUUUUUUCCAAUCCAAUCUUUAUCAGGGAAACUUUUAAAAGGUCGUGAACUCAACAUCUGCUUCUCCUUCAAACUGUGUUACACAUUGAUGCUGCUUCUCAGUAACAGAUGCAUGUCUGUAAAAAAGCUUUCGAGAAACUGUAGCCUUCUCCGAUUUUACUUAUUCCAUAUUUUUUCAAACCAAAGUUCAUGUUGCAGGUCCAACUCUGUUUCUUUAACUUACUUUUAUUUCUAGUCCCUAUUACCCAAUAACUUCUCAGUAUUUCUGUAUCUAAAUCAGAAAUUAAUUUCUUCGAAAAUCAGUGUUAACAUCAUACAAUGGAGUAUCAGGGACACUUCAAGGGAAACAAAUCUUGAGAUUUCGAGAAUAAAGUUGUAAUUUUAUUAAAAUAAAGUCAUAAUUUUAGUCUGGGUGUCACAUUAGAGCGGGAAUAUCCACAUUUUCAUAUUAACUCUGAUUUUUUUAUUUCUAUAUUGUGACUAAUAUUCAAAUGUAGCUACUGUGGGUAUUAUUUCAUAUUUUAAACUCAAGCAUUUUGAUUGCUGCUGCCGGACUGCAAACAUAAGCUGGUCUUGUCUGCCUCUUUAAAGCAGAGCUGAAUGUUUGCCAUUAGCAAUACCUAAAGACUAUAUAGAUAUGUCUAUGCAUCACUUUGAUUCCAGCAAGCUUUGAGAGAUUAUUAUUGGCACUUUUUUACGUUUUUUAAUUAUAUUUUAUUAUUAAAUGCUCACAAAUGCUCUACUCAUGCAGUACAGUGUUUUCCCAAAUUACAGUGGUACUGUUUCAUAUUUAAAACCGUGCAACUAGCUCCCUCUGUCUGCAGUGUAGCAGAAUGGUCUAAAAAAAUGAGGCCAUGUUGCGCAGCAGUGAUGCUGAAUGUACUGCAUCACCCGCAUGUGUUUUACAUUUAAUUCACUAUGUUUUUCCACCAGCAGAGGUCCUCAAUGUAGAGUGGUUGCACUGGGAUGAUGUAAUGCUCUGGCUGGUUGGUCCACACCUAAAUAAUUGACUUAGAAAAUACAGCCUGAGUCAUCCAUAUUUUCUAAUGUUUAUAUAUCAGAUAUGUGCAUUUAUUAGCACAUGUACAGUAAAUCAAGUGUGAGAUUUGCUUUUUGAAAGCAAACCCUCGGCCAAUUAUCAAACUGAAUUUAUUUUUUCAAAUUUUACUAUAGAAUCCACACAUUUGACCUGUAUAUUUGUUGUUAUUUGCAACAGUGUGACUGAAUCUGAAACUGACGGAUCACCAGAGUGACCAGCUUUUGGUUCACAGACGUCAGGGCUCACUGCUCCUCUCGUGCAGCCUAAGUGUCAGUUUACUCCGUCCUGCAGAGUGCAAGUCAGGCUGCUGAGCCCACUGUGUUGCAGAUGAGUCGCUGCCUCUGCCAGAAGUGUCUCUGUGAACACGCGUCUCCCGGGUAAACAUUGCACCACCAAACUGUCAUCCGCCAUAUGACACACAAGCCUUAAAACCAAAGCCAAUGACUCACAUUUCAAUUUUAAAUUUUUUAGAACAUUUAAUGUUUUAUAUUUUGUAUAUGAACAAUUUUUUGACACUGUGCUACUGGUUUUUAUACUCAACCUGUGUCAUGAAUAAAUCAUUUGGAUUAUGAAUUGUA